CUAGAUCCAACCUUGGUGAAAACAGCUGGAGCGCCCCUCCCGCCUCCCGCUCGGCUCCUUCCCCUUUUGUUCGCCUGCAAAGCGGCGCGAAGGCAGCGGCGGGAGAGCUCUGCUUUUGCGCGCAUCUCGCGCAGGGGACCCGCGAGAGCCCGCUGGGCCGCCCCCUCUCGCUGCUUCCCCCGCGGAGCCGAGACUCAUGCAGGGAGGCGGCGCGGACGCUCCUUCGCAGCAGCAGCAGGCGCCCCGUCCUCGCCGGCGUCGCCUUUUGUCCACGCGCCCCGUUUCUCCUCCUUGUGACUUGGAUGCAGCGAGCCUGCAUCCGAAGGGAGUGGCUGGCUGCUGCUGCUGCUGCCACCAGGAUUAUUACAGCUGUUUCUGUUUGAGGGAGCAGGCGGCCUAAGAUCAGCCCCGCCGAGGCCGGAUCCUUCCCUCUGCAAAAAAAAAAAAAGGGGGGGGCGGAAAAAAGGAAAAAGCAAGCUUGCACCGUCAGAAGAAAGGAGGUCUCCAAGGAUAGAUGAGGGGGCCCGUUGCCUAGAUGCCUGACAUCGUGACACCAAGUCCUCAGCCGGCAGUUCGACCGAAUCCCUUGGCUUGAGCCACGGACCUGGGCCAGCAUGCUGAAACCAAGUGGACUUAAAAUUCCCGGGAGGGCUGGGAAGCACUCCAGCCCCGUGGGACGCCCUGGAGGGACAGCAGCCACUACCACCACCUCCACCACUGCCUCCACCACCACAAAAGAAGGGUCGCCUCUGCAUAAGCAGACCUCCGCUUCUUCUUCUUCUUCCACAGCUGCCCCCGAGAAGCCCGCAGGGUCCAAAGUCACCGAGGUGGGCGAUGACUUCCUGGGGGACUUCGUGGUGGGAGAACGUGUCUGGGUGAACGGUGUGAAGCCAGGCGUGGUACAAUACCUGGGGGAGACUCAGUUUGCGCCCGGACAAUGGGCGGGCGUCGUGCUGGAUGACCUGGUGGGGAAGAACGAUGGCUCGGUGGGUGGGGUCCGCUACUUUGAGUGCCAGCCCCUGCAGGGGAUCUUCACGAGGCCUUCCAAGCUGACCCGCCAGCCCACCGCGGAAGGUUCCGGAAGCGACGCGCAUUCCGUGGAGUCGCUGACGGCUCAGAACUUGUCCCUGCACUCGGGGACGUACCCGCCUCUCUCCACGCGCAUCAUCCCUCUCAGGGAAAGCGUCCUCAACAGCACAAUGAAAACGGGGAACGAGUCCGGGUCGAACCUCUCGGACAGCGGGUCAGUGAAGAAAGGGGACAAAGACUUCCGGCUUGGAGACCGCGUCCUGGUUGGUGGAACAAAAACUGGCGUUGUGCGAUAUGUGGGGGAGACGGACUUUGCCAAAGGGGAGUGGUGUGGAGUGGAGCUGGACGAACCUUUGGGGAAGAACGAUGGAGCUGUUGCCGGAACAAGGUAUUUCCAGUGCCCGCCCAAGUUUGGCCUCUUUGCUCCCAUCCACAAGGUCAUCCGCAUUGGCUUCCCGUCCACCAGCCCAGCCAAAGCCAAGAAGAGCAAGCGAAUGGCCAUGGGCGUCUCGGCCUUGACCCACAGCCCCAGCAGCUCCUCCAUCAGCUCCGUCAGUUCGGUGGCCUCCUCCGUCGGGGGAAGACCCAGCCGGAGCGGGCUGCUGACGGAAACUUCUUCUCGCUAUGCCCGAAAGAUCUCCGGCACGACAGCCCUGCAGGAGGCCCUGAAGGAGAAGCAGCAACACAUCGAGCAGCUGCUGGCGGAGCGAGACCUGGAGCGAGCCGAGGUUGCCAAGGCAACCAGCCGCAUCUGCGAGGUGGAGAAGGAGAUCAGCAUCUUGAAAGCACAACAUGAGCAGUACAUCUCCGAAGCAGAAGGGAAUUUGCAGAGAGCGCGAACCAUGCUGGACAGGUCGCAGAAGGAGAAAGUGGAGUUGCUCAACCAGCUGGAAGAGGAGAAAAGGAAGGUGGAGGAUUUGCAGUUCCGCGUUGAGGAAGAAUCCAUUACGAAGGGAGACUUGGAGACCCAGACCCAGCUGGAGCAUGCCCGAAUACGGGAGCUCGAGCAGAACCUCCUGUUUGAGAAGACACAGGCUGAAAAGCUUCUCAAAGGAUUGGAGGACUCUAGGCUGACUACGGUGGCCGAGAAGUCGCGGAUCCUCCAGUUGGAGGAGGAGCUGGCCUUAACACGAGGCGAGGUGGAGGAACUCCGGCAGUGCUUGAAGGACACCCUUCCUCCGGAUUCUCCGGACCACAGCCUCGGCUUGCAGACGGAGGCCCUGCGCCUCCGCGACCAGCUGCUUUCCGCUAACAAGGAGCACCAGAAAGAGAGCAGCCAGCUGAAGGAGAAGUACGAAAGGACGCUGAAGAAGCACCAGCAGGAGAUUGAGAAGCUGAAGGCCCUGAACGAAAAGUACUCGCAGGAAAUCGUGGACCUCAAGCAGAAGGUCCAGCAGGCCACCAACGAGAACAUGGGCCUCAUGGACAACUGGAAGUCCAAGCUGGACACGCUGGCGUCCGACCAUCAGAAGUCGCUGGAGGACCUCAAGGCCACCUUGAACACGGGCCCCGACAGUCAGCACAAGGAGAUAGUGGAGCUGAAGGCUGUGGUGGAGAGCAUCAAGAUGGAGCACCAGCUGGAGCUGGAGAACCUGAAGGCCAAGCACGACAUCGAGACGGCCGUCCACAUCAAGGAGAAGGAAGGCCUGAAGCUGAAGGUGCAGGAAGCCAAGGACGAGGUGGAGGAGAGCGACAGGAACUGGAAGCAGCAGCUGGAGGCCAAGACCAACCAGCACCUCUUGGAGCUGCAGGACCUGAAGGACAAGUGCCGAGACGCAGAUCUCCGAGCACACGAGCUGGAGAAGCUUCACGGCGACUAUGAGGAUCAGGCGCAGGCCAUCGCUUUCCUGAAAGAGCAGAUCGCUCUGGCCGAGAAGAAGAUGCUGGACUACGAGACGCUGCAGAAGACGGAAGCCCAGAACAAGCAGGAGAUCCAGCGGCUGCAGGAGAAAGUCCUUGUGCUGGAGAACAAGCUGCAGUCCACAGAAGCGCUUCAUCCUUCUCAGCACACCAACAUGAUUGAAACCAACGACAUUUCAGAAGAGAAGAUCAAGAUGAAGCAGACCAUGGAAGAUCUCCAGGACAAGCUGAGUAAGAAAGAUAAAGAGGUGUCAUCACUUGUCUCCCAAGCAGACACGCUAAGGACUCAAGUAAGUGCCUUGGAAAACAGAUGCAGGAGUACUGAGAGGAAGGCAGAUUCUCUGUUGAAAGAGAAGAAGAGGCUGGAAGCCGAGCUGGAGACGGUGUCUAGGAAAACGCACGAUGCUUCUGGCCAGCUGGUCCUCAUCAGCCAGGAGCUGCUGAAGAAAGAAAGGAGCCUGAACGAGCUGCGAGCUUUGCUCAUGGAAGCCAACCGGCACUCCCCUGGGCCCGAGCGGGACUUGAGUCGCGAGGUGCACAAAGCCGAGUGGAGGAUGAAGGAGCAGAAGCUCAAGGACGACAUCAAGGGACUCCGGGAAAAGCUGAUCGUUCUGGAUAAAGAGAAAGCAGUAACAGACCAGCGACGAUACUCCCUCAUAGACCCUUCGUCCGAGUCCGAAGUCCUCCGGUUGCAGCAUCGGCUGGUCAGCACGGAGGACGUCCUGAGGAACGCGCUGGAGCAGGGCCAGCAGAUGGAGAAGCUCGUGGAAGCCAUGAGAAGCUGCUCUGAGAAAGCACAGACUAUUGGGAAUUCCGGAUCUGCUAAUGGAAUCCACCAACAGGAAAAAUCUAACAAACAAGAGGAAAAGCACUGAUGAAGGAACGGAGGUGGAGAGGACUCUGUGAUGCCAGGAUUUGCUCCUGAGAAGAGGCCGGGCAAGAGACGUCGCCCUCCGCCCCUCCAAGCCCCUCUCCCAGCUUAAAACACCACCUAAGAUUAUUUUCAGUAUUUCCGCUCUAUGGACAGGUCUGCGUUCAUAGCGUGUUCUCGUAGGCACAUCGGUUCAUAAUUUCCAAGCUGGGCCUGGUUUCCGAAGAGAGCGGUGCAGCAGCUGUGUGGCCGCGGCUGGAUUUCUCUGCCGCCGGUUGCAGCGUCCAGUGACUGCUUUUAUUGGCCUUGGUCACCUUGUGCCAGUAUAUUUUUGGGGUGUGUGUGUGUUGAACACCCUGCUGCAAUGGCUGGCAGAAACCUCUCGUUCCAGUGGCCUGGUGGGAGAUGCCCGCAACUUCCCGAUACACUCGAAUGCCCUUGGCGUUCUGCUCCCCCUCGGCCCCCGCCCCCAAGACGGAGGCUCCUCCCUUUUCUGCCCAAACGAUUGGCAGGUCAGCAAAACAGCGGCAACUCUCCAUCCCAGGAUGUCGGCCGUCGAAGGCGGAAGGGCGAGAUACCUCCGUGGCCUGCAAAAUAGAGACUCUCUCUCUCAAGCUCCAGAAUGUGGAGACCCUGCUCUUAAUAAUGUGGGAUAUAGAUGUGCAGGUGGACCUUUCUCGUAACUUAUUUUAACUUUGGUAACUGUGGAGUCAUUUGGUAAUUUGGAAUUUAUGGAAUUGGUGAGGGGUGCAGAGAUCUUUGCUGCCCACCCACCCCCGGUGUAGUUUGGCCAUCUUGCCUGCUUGGAGAUCUCUCUACAUGAGUUGCCGGUGGGUGGGGUUGCUGUGGUGGUGAACUCUGCAAAGCCCUGAAGAUGGUUCGGUCUCCCUGUUUAUUUCUCUGUCGCUUCACCUAGUUUGCUUUUGAAGUUCUGAGGUGGUUUUCCCAGUAGUCAGAAGGAGGGUUUGCAUUGCUCCCCCCACAACACAGGCCCAGUUUAUACACUUGGUGGAAUCAAGAAAUAAAACACUCUCUUUUUGUCCGGAGCUGUACUGCUUUUUGGCAGCUUGGUGUGUCUGCCUAAAACCAACAAAAAUUGCAUCUCCCCACAUGUAGAAAGCUAGCAGUGAGAGGGGUUCAACCUAAUCUUCUCCCUGCCAUACUCUCCACCACCCAGCCCUUCUCCAUAGAGCAGCAUUUCAAACUCCCACAGUGUAGAUUUUAGAACAGGCUUGGGAAGCCUGUGGCUCCCCGGAUACUGUUGGACUACAACUCCCAUCAUCCUGGACCACUGGCCAUGCUGGCUAGGGCUGAGGGGAGUUGGAGUCCGGCAGUACACAAAGCGCCCAAGCUCCCCCAGGCCUGCUGUAGAAGCACAGUCCAGGUCACGUAUUACCUCUGGAUUCUCCGUGUGUAUAAACUGGGCCACAGAGAUUAAUCUGCAAGUUGGAAAGUGUGUGUGUGGUUUUUCUAACACAUGAAUGCUGGGGUGAUUGUGGCGGUGUCUUGUUUUUCCUCCCCACAGGCUUGAGAUUUUGUGGCAACGUUCGCGGGAUCAAAUCUUGCCACGAUAAGCUGAGAUCUGCACCAGUUUCGUGCUCCUCCCUUUGAGCAGGGAAAGCAAACCAGGAAGCCACAGUUGGCCAUAGUUUCCCGUUACGUCCAAACCAAGAAACCAUGGUCAAUGGCUUCCAGACACGCCAGAACAUGAAAUCCUGUUUUAGAGUUGGCUUCCAGAUCCUGAGCUGUUUGGAAGCCAUGAAACACAGUUUCCUGGCUAAGAUGCAAUGGAAAGCUGUGGUCGACGCAGUGACCUUGUGCAAAGGGAACACAUGAAGCCCAUGCAUGUCUCAGCUUAUAAACAGAGUCUGGAAUACCCGGACAUGAAGCAUGUGCAUUUUGUGUUACGAAUUGCUUCUAUCUCUCCCCACUCGCAGAGAGAUUGACCUCAGUAUUAGAAAAAAAGCAAUAUAGGGAAUGGUGCCAGACACAGACAACGUCUGGGCUUAAAGCAAGAGAUAGGAAGAGGCCUCCAAGACACAGUUGCCCCGUCCCCUGAAUGUAACUUGAACUCGGGACCCUGUGAGCUCUAAAAGUGGUUUGGGUGAGCACUUCCACCACCACCACCCCUUGCCCACUGGUAGUAGGUUCAUGUGGCUUUUUCUCAGCCUGACCACCAGAAUCUGGCAAAUCAGACAGUAGCUGCGAGGCAGAUGUGCCCGUGGGCACUGCCACCAUUCAGAACCUCUGUCCCAAGCCAAGGAAACGAGAAGAGUAGCAAGCCAGGGUGUUGUGGGAGCGGGGGGGAGGGACAUGCCAUUGGACUCUCCAUGCUGGCUGCAACCAAAAGGAGUCACGAUCGGAUGAAUUUUGGGGUGUUGUGGCUUUGCCCAUCCCUGGACCAGUUCAAGGGAAGAUUUCGCCUGCCUGUUCAACAAGUGUGGGUGUUCCUUAAAACCUAGCAGGGCUGGCACCUCUAGCACCCGGAAUGAAAGGCUCCUAUAAAUGAGGGUGCUGAACCUCAGAAACAUGAUUCUAGAUUCAGGUAGAUAGCCGUGUUGGUCUGACACAGUCGAAAUAAAU